UGACACCAUCCGCCACUCCUCUUACUAAAGAAGGAAACAAACAUCCACCCAGCAAGAGCUGGAGAUCGCCACAGACAGAAGGGACGGGCCUGACGAAGGCGAGGACGGGAGAAUUUAACCCAUCCGAAGCAGUCUUUUCACGGACAACCAGGACACACUAAGACAGGAGGAGGUCGUGUGCGAGGAGCUGAAAAAUACCCCCCCCCCCAACAAACGUCAUCUUAUUCCAUUCGUCUCGAGAGAAACUCCCACCGUUUUUCAUCAGCAAUGGCCCAAGAGACAAACCAGAGCCCGGUGCCCAUGCUUUGCGCCACAGGCUGUGGUUUCUAUGGCAACCCCAGAACCAACGGCAUGUGCUCUGUAUGCUACAAGGAACACCUGACACGACAGCAGAGCAGCGACCGGAUGAGUCCACUCAGCCCCAUGGCUGCUAGUCCUACAUCAGAGGCCUCCGCAAUCCAGAGACUAGAAGCCAGCCUUGCUAAGGUCGAUGCCUCCCCUGCCUCGUCACCAGACAUGUCUAGAACUGUUCAAGGAUCUCUGCCUGUGACUCAACAAAUGACAGAGAUGAGCAUCUCGAGAGAGGACAAGUCAGAAUCUCUAGAACCUGUCGUAAACCAGCCAGCUGCCUCCAACCUGACGCCUGUAGCUUCUUCUAGCAGCGACGAUAGCAAAGAGGACUUGUCCAAACCUAAGAAGAAUAGGUGUUUCAUGUGCCGCAAGAGGGUGGGCCUUACAGGAUUUGACUGUCGCUGCGGGAAUCUCUUCUGUGGUAUCCACCGGUACUCUGACAAGCACAACUGCCCUUAUGACUACAAGGCUGAGGCGGCCGCCAAAAUCCGUAAAGAGAACCCCGUAGUGGUGGCUGACAAGAUCCAGAGAAUAUAAAUCUAGCAAGGCAGACAAAUGCAAGUGGCAGUGACGAAGAUAACACCUUUUUGAAAAAGACUCAAGUGUUUCACCUUUUGAAUUGAGCACUGGCAUGUGUGGCCAAGUGAAGAUGGAAAGGACUUGAUUUACAAAAUGAAAACCUCAAAACAUGAAAAAAAUCUGAGGGAGAUGCAUGAAUGAUCACUUCUAUCCUCUUUUGAUUAAUCCAGUUGUUUGUUCUAUCUUAUUUUCUGUGGUGUGUCUUUGCCGCCAUUAAAUCUUUUUUUUUCUUCUAAGAAUACAUAUUGUCUUAUGAAGAGCAGCCCAGAGUUGAUGUCCGAGAUAUGCUGCACUCUUCUCACCUUAACCAGGCGCCAUUCUGUGCCAAACUAGUAAUUUGCUCAGACCCUGUCAUGUGUCAGAAACCAUCAAAGAAUUGAGACCACGCUGGAGCAGCGUAUAACUGUCCCCCAAGAUGUUGCACAAGGGGCUCUGUUACUUGUCUCUUUCCCGGCUUUACCUACCUCACAGCUGCUCUGUUAGCCUCAUCAUCUUCCUUCUUUUUCCCUCUUUGUACUCGUCCACUGUGACCCCAGCAGAGCAGCAGGUCACGUCUUGUCCGCCUCAGUGACCCCUCUGAUCAGCAUUCUUAUGUUGACUGAUUGGUUUGAUUGUGAUGAGGCUUGUUCUUCAAUUCUGGAGGUAUAGUGCAGGACAGGGACAAAUAUUAGACUCCACAUUUCACUGAAACCCUUAAAGUGGGCAUGCUGGGUAAUAGUGCAGUGGCGGGCUGGGAGGGUGGAGGCCUCAGCUUAAUCUAGGCUGCAAAAUCGAAUGAGUGGAAUUAAUGCACGAGUUUCCUGUCACAUAACAGUUUCCAAAAAUUGGACUCAGUCUCGUUGUGUUUCAGGCAUUUUUACUUGCUUGCUGAGACUUUUUUUUUUCCCCUUUCACAUCAAUCUCAUACUGAUGUUGGCGCAUGUAUUGAAUGCAUUUGUGGAAUUAGGGUAUGUGAACCAUUUUUGUUUUUCCUUGUUUUUAUUCAUUUUAAGUGCGCUAACAACAUGUGUGUGUGUGUGUGUGUGUGUGUGUGUUGUCGUCAUCUGAGGAGACACGGUUUAUCAGCACAUGUUUACAGAGCUACAGGAGCAUGCCAGAGCUAGAUUUAUGAAAAAUAUACUAGACAACCACAAUUAGAUGUAACUUCUCAUCUGUCAAAGCUAUUGGUCUGUCUCUGUGUGUGUGUGUGUGCGCGCGUGCGUGCGUGCAUGAGCACAUGCCUGUGCAAAGUGUUUCAUGGCUGCCUGACAUGUUGUACGUGUGUGACUUGUGUUUUCACCCUAUGUGUUUUUCAUUUAAGGCAACUGUAUGUAUCAGUUGAGUUUUUCCUUUCUGAUUCUUAGUUAUAUGCAAAUUUGUACAAAAAUGAAAAAAACAACUAUCUUGAUAUUUAUGUAUUGCAUAUAAUCCUGCUAUCCAGCAUUACCACAGAAUAGUAUCAUGUAAAUAAAACUGUACAGAGACAUUA